AUGGCUGGCAAGUGGAACUCGUUCUGUGGUAUCCUGCAGCGGCGGCGAGUCUUCGAACCUCACCAGCUUGACACGGGAAACUUGAAAAGAUGCCUCUCAGUAUGGGACUUGACUGCUCUAGGCGUGGGCAGCUCGUUAGGCGUAGGCGUGUAUGUUCUGAUCGGUUCCGUGGCUUUGCGCUUUGCUGGUCCCUCCGUAGUACUUUCCUUCCUGAUUGCAGCUAUUGCCGCGAUAUUUGCCGGUAUGUGCUACGCGGAAUUCGGCUCCAGGGUGCCAAAAGCAGGAUCGGCUUACAUUUACGCCUACGUGACGGUGGGAGAGUUUGUCGCGUUCAUCAUCGGCUGGGAUAUGAUACUUGAGGCGGUAUUUGGGACAGCGAGCGUUGCCCGAGGUCUCAGUAUGUAUGUGGACUCGAUGACAAACCACACGAUGUCUGAGUGGUUUCAGUCUGUAGUCCCUCUCGGCGCUGCGCCUUUCUCGCCUUACUUCGACUUCUUUUCCUUCUUCGUGGUCAUCGUUCUUGGGGGGCUUCUUGCGUUCGGGGUCCGAGAAUCGACGUUUGUGAACAAUGUGUUCACCGGUGUUAACGUAGCGGUCAUUCUGUUCGUCAUCAUUGCUGGGGCGAUUAAUGCGGAUGUCAAUAACUGGAGUAUACCCUCGGAACAAGUACCACCCGAGGGUAGUGGUAGUGGAGGCUUCUUCCCGUUCGGCGUGUGGGGAAUGUUGAAGGGUGCUGCAGUGUGCUUUUACGGUUUCGUUGGCUUCGACACCAUCAGCUCCACGGGAGAAGAGGUCCGCGACCCUCGUCAGGCUAUCCCAAUAUCAAUAAUGUGCACUCAAGUAAUAGUGUUCCUGGUGUACGCGAGUGUGGCCACUGUGGUGACCAUGAUGAUGCCCUACUAUCUUCAGAUAGAAGUGGCGUCAGUGGCGACUGUAUUCACGUACGUCGGUAUGGAGUGGGCGCGUUGGAUCGUCACUGUGGGUGCCGUUGUUGGGAUCACUGCAAGUUUGUACGGUUCCAUAUUUCCACUUCCACGAUUGCUGUAUUCGAUGGCAUCUGAUGGUCUUCUGCUGCACUGGCUCGCUCGUUUGACCAGCAAGAGAAGAUCUCCUAUGAUUGCGACUCUUCUAUCGACUGCAGUUAUAGCUAUUUUAGCAGCUGUCCUAGAAUUAAACGAGCUGAUACUAAUGAUGUGUAUUGGAACACUUUUAUCGUACACCGUUGUUGCAUGCUGCGUUAUUAUAUUAAGAUACAGUUCGGACGGAAUUUCAAGCGAAUCAAACAACGUCAAGCGAAUAUUUGGUUUCGGUCAAAAGUCACCAACUAAGACAACUUCGUACAUCAUUACCACUUGUCUUUUAUUGUUUAUUUGCACGUGUCUAGCAUCGUGUCUAGUAAUUCAUCACGUGCAGUACUCAGUGGUGUACGUAGCGAUACUGCACUCUAUUGGGUUCCUACUGAUCGUUGUUAUGACACUUCAGCCUCAACUGAAGGAGGAGCUGUCGUUUAAGACUCCAUUGGUCCCGAUAACACCGUGUUUGAGUAUCUACGUUAACAUAAAUCUAAUGAUGUUCAUCAAACUACAGACCUGGAUUCGCGUUAUUGUUUGGAUGGCUAUCGGUAUACCGGUUUAUUUUAUUUGUGUGUGUUGUUAUAAACAAAACACAGAAGAUAGCCUCGAAGAUAGCAUGAAUCCUGCGAACAUGAACGGCAAGGCACCGGUGCAAAUAUACGUCGUGUCACCCACACCUCGCAAUAGUAUCUCACAUAGUAAAAAGGAGGGGAACCAAUAUACUAAUUAUAACGAUCGGGUAGAAAAAGUUGAAUCACGAAAUGACGUCAUAGUUCAAUCACCGUUUGUUACUGAAGAGGUAGUUGUACAACAUGCUUAUUACGAAGACAACAGUGAAAAGGAAGCUAAAAUCAUCGACUUACUAGAUCAAGUCUUACAAGCUGAAGAGGAUUCAUAUGCAGAAAUAAAUAGUAUUAAUGAAAAUAACGUAGAAGGAAAUGAGGAAGAUGUUUCCAAAGAGCAAGAAAAUGUUUCUCACAGGAAAUCACUUAGCGAGUUGUCUGAUGCUGGUUCUGAUGCAUCUUUAGGUAAUCAAGUAUUAUCUAAAUAUGAUGUUAUUGCUCAAGUACAUAGAGAAGAUUUGCCUAAAGUUAAUGAGGAAGAAGAAAAAAGUGAUAAAGAGGAAGCUGAACUAGAUAAAAAUAGUGAACUGGAAGACGAAGAAAUAACUGCAUUCAAUGACAGUGAUUCUCAAACAGAUGAAUCUGGCUAUUCAGAUACAAUCGACAGGACAAUGUUGAACGAAUCUAACGAUAACAUAAAGGAGGACGAACCAAAAAUACCAGUACCGCCACCGCUAGAUGAAAACUUUUUCGCAAACCCUAGUUUCAUAAAAUCAUAUACAAUUUCUGUUAGACCUCCAAAGACAAGAGUAGAACCGGAAGAAGUUAACCUGCCUAGAGAGAGCGUUCAAUCUAACUCCUCCAUUGACGAUACACCAAUGGUCUUUGGAAGUGAUAAACAAAUGAAUUUCAUGUUAAAACUAAACAAUAUAUUUCAAAACAAGAUCGCUUCAGAGAAUGACGAGGAACCGCAAAGCAGGAGACGAUCUAAUUCAACAGAUAAUGUUGUUAACGAAAAUUCUGAAUUUGCUAAAAUACAACGACCUCCGUUAUUUCUCGAUCUGAAAAAGGAAAUUAUAUCCCGCGACGUGGCACAAAACCUACGACCGGUUAACAUUGCUAAUAAAGAAGAAUCUUCUGAGGAAGAAGACAACGACACCAGUUUAAGUAAAGAAGAGUUAAAAACUAAACUGGAAGGUAUAUUUAAAGCGGGAGGUCCAUAUUUAUUAAUGAAACCGAGAUUAAUGAAAUCAAAUCCACCGACACCAGAGGAGGCUUACCAAACCGAUACAUCAAGUAUGGAAAGUAUAUCAAAACCAACAAAAGCCGAUAAGAAUGACACAUUGGGAAGACAAAAAACAAAGUUCAAUGAAGUUCUGAAUUCAUUUCGAUUGAUGAUCGACAAAGACGAUCAUGUCUAACAGGAAUCCUGUAAAAGAUCAAAACUUGGUUAAUAAAGUAUUACUGCAAGCAAUUAAUCUUAACAUGAGAAGCUUUCAAACCAGGUUUGGGUGCAUUAAACCUAGUCUUAUGUAUAAGUGCCUUAUUUAAAUUUUUGUUACAUUUUCCAUUUAAUAUUUAAUUUUUACGGACAUAAUUUGAAUUUUAGAUAACCAAGUAUUGUUUUACUGACCAUUAUCUAAAAGACUGAAGUCUCAUACAAACGAAAUGCAUCGCGUAAUUCCAUUUUCAUUAAGUAUUAUCUUAAGAAUGUAAUUUGUGAUUUAGAAUAAAACGAUACGAAUAAGAAAAA